AUGAAUCCUCAACCCGACCUGCCCGCGGCGUCGGCUGUUGUCGACUUCAUCGCAAACUCGCCCUUCGAAAUAUCCGCGCUCAUUUUCUCCCAUGUUGAAAAUAUCGACAUCAAAAACCUUCGAUUGAGUUGCAAGAAGCUUGCGAAUUUCGUUAGCCCUCAUCUUCGCUUCAAGCGCGUUUUCAUAGGCGCCAGCCCCUUGAACGUGGAGGUGUUCCGCGCGGUCGCAGAGCACGAGACUUUCCGCCACGACGUCCGCGAGAUUGUCUGGGAUGAAUCUCGCUACGAAAAACCAUCGGAUCGGGACCACAGGUAUGAUGGCGACUGGGACAGAUUUGAUGAAGGUUCCGACCAUUCAAGCGAUGAAGGAGACGAUGAAGAUAGCCCAUGGGUUAAGCGUCCACGUGGUGUUCCUUUCUGGUUUUACAGAUGUUAUCAUGCCGCUAUCGAAAACUUGGAAGACAGACGUCAGCACGAUGCCGAGACUUUGCCGCAGUAUGUCGAGGCAUCGAAGCAGCUUGCCGCAAAGAUGCCUAUCCGAGACGCCUACGCACAUUAUCUGAAGCUACUUGAAGAGCAAGAACACGUGCUAUCUGAUACUUUAGCUGAUGCAGUUGCUUUCGAAUGGGCUUUGAAAAAUAACAGAUUCCCUUACCUGAAGAGAGUCACUCUCACACCCGCAGCACACGGCAUGCUUUUCAACCCGUUGUAUCCAACUCCUGCUAUUCGUGCUCUUCCGGACGGCUUUAUCUAUCCGCUUCCUCGUGGUUGGCCAACCCCUUUGCACGGAGAGGAGUUCGACGGCUGGGAUUGGAACGAAAAGAUUGUUAAGACAUCCCCACUGGGGCACCCAACGGAGACGUACAUGGAGGUGAAGGACAAAUGGCGUGGCUUUCGCCAUGUCGUCAGAGUUCUCGCACAGCCGACAAGCACGGGUGUCACGGAACUCAUUUUUGACGGCAAUCAGAUCAGCACUGGGCUUCCGUGUGCUAUCUUCAGUGCACCAGAAUUUGGAGUUGAGGCCGUUGAAUACGAAAACCUCGUUGCCGUUAUCAAAAAGCCAGGCUUCACCACGCUUAAGCUUAACCUCAUGAUGGACGAUCAGGAGUACAAUGGCUACGGUGCUUUCCGCAAUGGGCGCCUGAAGAAGGCUUUGGAGGCUGCUAGUGAUUUGCAAUACUUUAUAUUGGAGACCGACCAAGAAGAUAACCCUGACGAUCCGUGGCGCGCCCAAAGUUCGACAGCCGAUCACUUCAUACCCCUGCGAUCUAUUUUCCCUAUCGAGACGUGGAGGAAUCUAUCACAUUUUGGACUUUCGCGCUUUUUAGUUAAGCAGAAAGACUUGCUAGACUUUCUUGCUGCCCUCCCGCAAACCUUACGGUCGGUCGAGCUCAGCUUCCUCUGGUUCUUGAAAGACAGUGGCGAUUAUAGAGAGCUCCUCUUUGGCAUUCGAGACAACUCAGAAUGGCAGAGGCGGGCGACACGACCUCGGCUACUCAUUCGAGAUGAGGGUGAAUUCCAAGCGUUACCAGGGCGGGCCGUCUGGCUUGAUGACGACUUGGACGAGUUCCUGUACGGCGACGGCGAGAAUCCUUACGUACGCCCUUCAUUAUUUCCACAGUUUAUGUCGUUUGGGCCACAUGCACCGGAAGGCUUGCUCCUGAGUCUGUCAGUAGGCUAUGGAUUUGGAAAGCACAAGGAUGAAUUCGAGCCAAGAUUUGAACGGCCAUAUGUGUCGGUUGCCGAGCUUCAGCGAAUGGGUAUUCUGGAAACUUAG